UAGAAACAACCGAACCAAAACAUAGGCAUUGAACGAACAUUUAAAAAAAAACAAAUUAGUAGCAUAGCUGUCUUUUGAGAACACAUUUCGACUUUCCCAACAAAAUUCCCAAUAGAUAACACCGAUGGAUGCCACUUGUAGGGCCAUGGAGCAGCUACUGGCGGCCGUGGAGUUGAGCCGGACCCAAAAUGAGGAUACCACUCCCACGACCAACACCGCCAUAUCAAUCUGGAGCGCCCCUUCCGAGGGCAGUGCCUCUAGUUGCGUGGACCCCGCCUCUUUCCGGUUUCGGCUGGAUGGCCAAGCCAUAUUGCCACCACUGAUCACUAGUGCCAAGAGACGCGAGGUGCAGCUGGCCCGCCAGAAAGCUUUGAAGUUAGAGGAACGCUACCGCCUGGCCAGACACUCGGCGGGAUCCGACAUGGCCAGUCUGAGGAGCUUGUCCCAGACGGAGACUUUCAUCUACGACAGCACUCGAGGCCAGGCACGUCCUCAGACCCCUGUCCCAGACAUUAAGCUCCCUACCAUACAGGUUGAUCCUCCCACGCCCCAUCCCCCGGUGGAGCCAGUGGAUAACUUGUCCCCCAGGCGGCACAAUCGAAUUACCGAUCGUAUCCUGCAGUUUGAACAGUCGGGACUGGGUAAACUUCUACCCAAAGAUCAGGACAAAAGGAUCCUGCGCUCCAGUACCAGCCCACUGAUAGCUGAAUGUAAGGAGCAGACACAGCAGGAGUUAAAAAAGACGGAGCUAGGGACUUCGCAGCCAGAGCCAGCUAGUUAUCAGCGCUCACGAAGCUUUACGCUGGAGGAGCCUUCUCAGGUUCUCGUAGAGCAUAUGCAGCGGGAGGCCCAAGCGGUCAAGCCUAGCCAGAGUUUGGUAAACUUCCAAAGGCAGACCAUAGAGUCCCAGGCCAAGCGGGUGAAUCGCAAUUCCAGAUGCAACAGCAACAACACCGCCAUCGCCACAAACUCUACAACCACCGGCAGCAGCUGCUCCAGAAGAGAUCGCGAGGUGGAACGUAUAAUAGAAAGGGCGUUGGGCGAACAUGGUCCUUUGGAAGCUAGCCGGAAAGCAGGAGUGCGCAACUAUCUGCGUAGCCAUCGGGAGCGAAUGAAUCAGUUGGUCCUUUACCAGGAGGAGGAGCGUCGUCGCAUGCAGACGCAGUUUGAUCAACAGCAGCGACAGCUCAUUGAGGAACUGUGUGCUGAAAUUGAUGUUACCUCGAGCACCGAAAAUCCUGAUGAACUAGUGUCGCAGAGCACCAGUACGGGAGACCUGCAAUGUGGCUUAUCCACGCCUUCAAUGUCCUUUUCGAAUGCCACGCCACGCUGCUUCCAAAAUCUGGAUGACUUUCUCACUAUGGAGGACAGCUGCCGAAUGGCGGCUUCUUCUUUCGCUCGAAAGAGGUUGUUUAGUCCGAAAGUAUCUCUGGGCUACGAAUCGGAACCGCAGCUGCUAGGGGAGACAACUGCUCCCAGCACACCGCGAUCGUUACCACUCAGGAACAGCAGUUUAACCAACAGUAGGCGAAGUGGGCCAGUUGCCAGGAGACGAUCGCAAACCGUGAGCAGUAGUUCCAGGAAAUCGAACAUUACUGCAGGUCGUGAAGUGAUCAAAUCACCAGCGAAGGUACUGCAGGGACGACCAAAGAGUUCACCAGGAAACGCUAGCUCCACCCCACCGAAAAGGGGCAACGCACCAGUAAGAAGCAGUUCAUCGCCCAAGCAACUGAGAAAUAAACAUGCCAAUCUGGAGCAGGAGGAGCGACAAUGGGCAGCCACGCGUAUAAAUGCCGCAGUGCGAGGAUUCUUGAUACGCCGGCUCUUUGCCACCGAGCAAGUGCAGCGUAUAGUCCAGACCAUCAGAGACACCUUGAUCUUCGUGCUAAAUCUACAUCUGGAAACCUGCGGAAAUGACCUAGAUGCAGAGGAGCCCGCUAAUCUGCGCCUUAAGGCGCGACUGCUUCAACAGCUCUGCUCGGCCAGCCGUACGCUUCACCUGAUCUUCAUCCAGACCAACACAAAGGAACGUUUGGAAAUCAUCGCUCGGGAUCGAAAGCGGAUCAAGACUAAACUCCUCCUAAAACACAGCUGAUCCGAUUCAAAUGUCGUAGAUUAGAAGGCAAGAAGGAGAAAAUCUCAAACUAAACAUUCCUGCCUUUAAUAAGCACCUAUUUUAUUUUUAUAUUAUCUCCACACAUUAAAUUUUAUUUCAUUAAAAAUCAAGUUUAAUGAGAUAUAACGAGUAA